GUGUAAAUGGUGACUAAACGUCAUCAAGAAGCCGUGGUGACUCGGGGAGCCAUCGAAAAUGACACAAUUUCAGCGGUCGCCGCCAAGUUCUGGGCUCCAUUCACAGCAGAAACUCACGAAAAUUUCGACGCAAAGCUCAUCGACACAAUUUACGACAAUGAAAUGCUGAAAACCUCGUUUAAUUCGCGAAAAAUCAUGAUGCUCGAGUUUUCGCAGUACUUGGAGGCCUAUUUAUGGCCGAAUUACGUUCCAGAAAAAGCCUCAAAGGCCUGGAAUAUGUCGAUUGUUGUGAUGAUUAAUGAGAAAUUUCGAGAACGAAAUUUGGAUUCGUGGAACUGUUUCACGAAGAAAUCCGAGCACUUUCCGCACUUUUUUAAGAGCAUUUUGCAGCUUUCGUUGCAGGAAGAAGGACUCGCCUCCUCAGAACACUGUGCUCUUCUGACAUUCCUUGUCAACGCAUUUGGCUCCGUUGAGACACCAAUUGUGCACAAAGAGACACGAAAACUCGUCUCAAUUGAGAUUUGGGCCGGUCUUUUGGACUCACAACGCGAAGAUUUGUUCAAAAAACAGAAGAAAUUGAAGAAAAUUUGGGAAAAUGUGCGGCAGAAAAUGACGGCGGCGGCGGCGGACAACAACGAGUUCGAACGGACUUAUUUGUGGAAUUUAAUCGAGAAAUUUAAACGAGUUUUGAACAGUUUGGAGCCAAAUGAGGCUCAGGAAUCCGAAGAAGGAGAAGUACGUGAUCCAAUUGAUUCGAUCAAAUAUUGCGAGAGAUUCAUCGAAUUAUUGAUUGAUUUAGAAUCAAUUCUUCAAACGAGACGAUUCUUCAAUUCAGUACUUCAUUCAUCACAUAUUCUCACACAUUGCCUGCUUUCUUCGUUGAUUUCCACUGACGCUGGUUCGCUGUUCUUCCAAUUGGUUCAACUCCUCAAAUUUUACGCUAGAUUUGAGAUUGAUGAUCUUUCAGGUCGUCAACUAACGCACAAAGAAGUCUCAGAACAACACUAUCAAAGUGUGACACGACUUCAAAAAGCCGCUUUUCGACUUUUCAACGAGACAAUGAAAGAGUUUUACGUGUUAAAUGUCAGUGGAGUCGACACUCGAAGAGCACUACAGAAACAAUUUGGAGAUAUGAAUCAUGCGGAAGUCUAUCGAUUUGCCGAAUAUUUACAUUUGGUUCCAGCUUUUGGAGAAGACCCAAAUCACCAGACAUCUCUUCUCCAUCUCUAUCCACACCAACAUCUCGUCGAAACAAUCACUUUGCACUGUGAACGACGCCCAAAUCAACUGACACAACUCAACGAAAAGCCUCUUUUCCCGACGGAAAAAGUGAUUUGGGACGAGAAUAUCAUUCCAUACGAGAAUUAUACAGGAGACGGUGUGCUCGCAUUGGAUAAGCUUAAUCUCCAAUUUCUGACACUUCACGACUAUUUGCUGAGGAAUUUCAACCUUUUUCAGUUGGAAUCCACUUAUGAAAUUCGUCAAGAUUUGGAAGAUGUGCUAUUCCGAAUGAAACCAUUUCAACAUGAAUCCCGUAACGAGACAGUAUUCAGUGGAUGGGCUCGAAUGGCUCUUCAAAUUGAUCAUUUUCAAAUUUCUGAGGUUGCAAAGCCUCUUGUCGGCGAAAAAUCACCGGCAGUUGUGCGUGGAGUUGUAACUGUUAAUAUUGGCAGACGACAGGAUAUUCGUCAGGAAUGGGAGAAUUUGAGAAAACAUGAUGUCUGCUUUUUGGUCGCUUGCAGAUCUCGAAAAUCGGCUUCUGGCCUAAAAUUCGACGUGCGCCGCCCGUUUUCCGAACAAAUUGAGGUGCUAAGCGUGCGUGGGUGUGAUGUGGAAGGAAUGUUGGAUCAAGAUGGUCAUUUGUUGGAAGAAUUCACUGCUUGGGAGAAAAAGGCGAAAAUUCCAGGAGAUUUACGGAAAUUCCGGCUUUUGUUGGAUCCGAAUCAGUAUCGAAUUGAUAUGGAACAGGGGACGAAGGAUGACAUCUACGACACCUUUAAUCUAAUCGUCCGCCGUGAUUCCAAAACCAAUAAUUUCAAAGCAGUACUUCAAACAAUUCGAGAUCUUCUAAAUACUGAAUGUGUUGUACCUGAUUGGCUGACAGACGUGAUUCUCGGUUACGGAGAGCCCGACAGUGCUCAUUAUUCGAAAUUGUCGAGCGCCGUGCCCGAGUUGGACUUUAACGAUACUUUUCUAUCGUUUGCGCAUGUUAAGGAGAGCUUUCCGGGCUAUAAAAUCGAGCUGGCUGAUGGAUUUGAUGAGAAAGAGGCCGUUCCACCGUUUAAGCUCGAGUUUAAGGAGCUCGAAAGACGGCAGGAUGUGGAGAUUAAGCCUGGAGAGCUUAGGACUAUUUUAGUGACUCCACUAACACGAAAAAAAGUAACACCAUAUUCAUAUGAUCCACGAAAGAAUCAAGUCAAAUUCACGCCAUCACAAGUUGAAGCAAUCAAAUCCGGAAUGCAACCAGGCCUCACAAUGGUCGUCGGACCGCCAGGAACCGGAAAAACCGACGUCGCCGUGCAGAUUAUCUCGAAUAUCUAUCAUAAUUGGCCGAAUCAACGUACGCUCAUCGUUACACACUCGAAUCAGGCUCUAAAUCAACUUUUCGAGAAAAUCAUCGCGCUCGACGUUGACGAACGUCACUUGUUACGUAUGGGACACGGAGAAGAGGCGUUGGAGACGGAAAAGGACUUUUCCAGAUAUGGACGUGUUAAUUAUGUGCUAAAAGAGAGGCUUCAACUGUUGAAUUGUGUUGAGAAGCUUGCCAAGGCGUUGAAAAUUGUCGGAGACGUCGCGUACACUUGUGAGAAUGCCGGAUACUUUUUCCGAUUCUCGGUUUGCCGAGUUUGGGAGGAAUUCCUUGCAAAAGUUACAUCGAAAGGAUGCAACAAGCUGGCCGAAGGAAUCAUUUCCGAAAUCUUCCCGUUCACCGGAUUCUUCAAAGACAUUCCAGACCUGUUUUCAGGAAACAACUCGGCGGAUCUGAAAGUUGCCCACUCUUGCUGGCGACACAUUGAGCAGAUUUUCGAGAAGCUCGACGAGUUCCGAGCGUUUGAGUUGCUCAGGAAUGGAAGAGAUCGUACGGAGUACUUGUUGGUGAAAGAGGCAAAAAUCAUCGCAAUGACUUGUACACACGCGGCUCUCCGUCGAAAUGAGCUCGUGAAGCUCGGCUUCCGCUACGAUAAUAUCGUAAUGGAAGAAGCCGCUCAAAUUCUUGAAGUUGAAACAUUUAUCCCAUUGUUACUACAAAAUCCACAAGACGGACACAAUCGACUGAAACGAUGGAUUAUGAUUGGAGAUCAUCAUCAGCUGCCGCCAGUUGUACAGAAUCAGGCAUUCCAGAAAUAUUCGAAUAUGGAACAAUCGUUAUUUGCGAGAUUAGUCAGGCUUAGUGUACCAAAUGUGCAGUUGGAUCGACAGGGAAGAGCCAGGGCUCAAAUCGCCGAACUCUACCAAUGGAGAUAUAAUGGACUCGGAAAUCUGCCCCAUGUUGAUGGAUUACCUCAGUUCCAGAAUGCCAACGCCGGAUUCGCUUUUCCCUUUCAAUUCAUCGAUAUUCCCGAUUUCAAUGGACACGGUGAGACUCAGCCGAGCCCACACUUUUAUCAGAAUCUCGGAGAAGCCGAAUACGCGUGCGCCCUCUACACUUAUAUGCGAAUUUUGGGAUAUCCGGCCGAAAAAAUCUCGAUUUUGACGACUUAUAACGGUCAGGCUCAACUGAUUCGUGACGUUUUUCAACGAAGAUGUGAUACGAAUCCACUUAUUGGAAUGCCGGCGAAGGUCUCCACCGUCGACAAAUACCAAGGACAACAGAAUGACUUCAUUAUUCUAUCACUUGUCAAAACGCGUAAUAUCGGACACAUUCGUGACGUCAGACGUCUUGUCGUUGCCCUAUCACGUGCUCGUCUUGGGCUCUACGUGCUUGGAAGGUCGAAAGUUUUCAUGGAUUGUCUUGAGUUGACGCCGGCGAUGCGAAUUUUCGCGAAAUAUCCACGAAAAUUGGUUAUUCUACCGUUUGAAGCACAUCCGACUAUCCGGAAAUGGAAUGAACGGUCCAAAGAUGGAGAACCUAUGGAAAUUCAGGACACACUUCACAUGACACAUUUCGUUCACGAAUUCUACAUGAGUAAUCUGCCAGCAAUGCGUGACGCAUAUGAACAAGCAAUGAAUGAAUAUAUGGAAUCCCAACGUCUACUCAAUCCACCAAUUGAUGAAACACAAAUGGAUGUGGAGACUGAACACGAGAAGAAGCAUCGAGAAGCUAUGGAAAGAAAGAAAAAGCAGGAAAUGGACGAUAAAAAGGAAGCGGACAUUCAUUUCGAGGAUAUGGAUCAUGAAAUGCAAGAACCUGCUGCUACUGCAGCACCGGCUCCAGGAGCUCCAGCAGUUGAAGAGCCACCACCGAAAUAGAUGGAAAAUUCAGCAAAUUUGGCCCAAAAUCGAUUUUUCUGCAAUUUUCCAUCAUUUUUAUGUUAAAAUUCAGAAAAUUUGGCUUUUUCUGUAUUUUUCAGAAUUUUCACCCGAAAUUUGGCCAAAAAUUGAAUUUUUACUGUAAUUUUCUAUAUUUUUCAGAAUUUUCUCUCCUAAAAUCCCCUGAAAAUCGAUUUUUCUGCAAUUUUCCAUCAUCAUUUUUUAUGUUAAAAUUCAGAAAAUUUGGCUUUUUCUGUAUUUUUCAGAAUUUUCACCCGAAUUUUGGCUAAAAUUGAAUUUUCCUACGAUUUUUGUGUUAAUUUAUCCAUUUUAAUUUAUUUUUUUGUUAACUCUCAUCAAAUUAUGAUCUUUUUUAAAAACUUUUUUCUAAAAAUUUAUUUUGUUGACUGAUCCCCCCACCACAUUUUUUUUUGACUGCAAAUAUAUACAUUUUCUGUGGAAAUU